CCCCCUUCCAACACAGGUCACCUCUAGACCCAUUUCAGAUGUCAUCACCUGGCUUUCCAUGGAACUUGCCCACCCACUGAAAGAGGAGGCUCACACCAAGAACUUCCGUUACUGCAUUCUUAUUCGGUCGACCAUGGGUCGUUUCUGAGACCAAACACUACCACGAUUACCUAUAGAUGACCACCCUGACCUGCCAAACAUCGGACCUCUGCUUAUACGCACAGUACUGCCACAGUUCAAAGCGCCUUUUGGCCUAUCUGUCUCGUCCUUUCCCGGUGCUAGCGCCAUUUCACCGUCGCUGAAGAAGUGGCAUCUGGCGGACAGGAAAACCGGAGUUUUUUUGGGUCCUCAUAACGAACAUUGACUCCCUCCCUGGACAUACCUUGGACGACAGCUUUCUUUCAUAUGUGUCGUUUUGCAUAACUCGAAUGUGAGGGCCAGUACUCGCUGGCCGCCCUCCUAGCCCGACUCCAAACAUCGACAUCGCGACCUCCACACCUGCUGUACUUUGAUACCAGUGAAACCUUUCAUCUUCAGACUGGUCUUGCUCCCGCUCAACGUUGUGUGACAGUCUUGUUUUUCGAACUGGUUAAUGCAAUGCGGCAAGGCCUUUGGCAUUCUGGGAGUCAGAUAUCAACGGCUCGGAGACAGUAAUUGAACGUCAGUGUGGUGCAAGGGAGCAAGUGUCGGGCUGCGUCUUCGAUUUUUUUCUCUUCUGGGUGGCCUUCUCCAGCUGGCUGAUUAGCGAAUGCUCCUGGGACUUCGACCCGACCGGAGCAGCUGACCAAGUACCGCUCUUUCUCGAACUCAGUAACGGUCAAACCUUAGAAAUCAACAGGAAUUGGGCCCUUACUCUUCACGAACAUAGUGAUUCCAUGGCCACAAGUCUCGUGUUGCCUCAUGAACUGCGACCGAGACUGUGGCACGACGACCAACGAUUGUCCGGACCCUGUCCUACCGCACAACCUUCAUCCAGCCCGUCGUCAAACUUGGCGUCAACUACUCCAAUGGCGACCGGCAACGCUGAAUCACAAAAACCCAGUCUACCAUCUUUCGACUCCUUUGUGAACGGUGCUACUCCAGGCAGUUUGAACUUUGCGCAACAAAGCUCUGCGUCAAACCGUGGAGUUCGAAGCCUGGCCGCCCACGCUACGGCAUCCCAUCACGCUGCUGAGGCCAAUUCCUACGUCGUGCCUCCAACUGUGAAGCCGGCACCGUAUCCGGGCCCUGCUUCCCAGCCUUACGGACAUCGUCCGGAUCCAGACCGGACCCUCUACUGGCCUCACCCGAAUUCACUGCUUCCAGAAAGCCGUGCAACCUUUCCUAGUGCUCCACCUUCGCUCCCAACACCCGCCUCCACGUACAACAGAAAAGUGGUGGGAGAAGAGGCUGUUCCCAGCAAAGGGACGUGUUAUAUCUACGAUGACGGCGGCGUCUGUCAGAAGACAAUCGAUGGCGAUACGGUCAACCCGAAAUGGGGUACAACAAAAGCGGGCAAGCCUAGAAAGCGUCUAGGGCAGGCAUGUAACACAUGCAGAGAAAAGAAGAUCAAAUGCGAUCCAAGCACCCCUAAAUGCGCCCAGUGUCAGAAGUUUGGACGCGAGUGCAAGUUUGACUCAACGCCUCGACCUGGUUCGAGACAGGUAGAAACAGGAUCCGGAUCCUCGACAUAUUCACCUUCUCGCUACUCACCUUCCGAAUUGCCGCAAGAGCCGACGCUCCAACGAAGAGGGUCCACCGCAUCGACGGACUGGGUAGCUCCGGAACCGAACAGCUCAAGAGCUGCGCGUAGGACCUCGAUGGCGCUGGAGAGCCUUUUGUCCCCUGCUUCGGAAGAUGCGGUGGCUGAGGACGAUACUUCAGAGCAUCUGCCACCGGCGAAAAGAGCUCGCGUCGCAGCAUCCCCGCGCACAGUUUCAGAGGCAGCAGGCCCAGCUACGGGAUCUUUGCUGGGCUCGAUAAUCUCACCAACUAUCAUGUCCAAUUUCUCCUGGCACGCCGACCCCGCUGCAGUUGAAAGUGGCCUGAUCUUGUACUAUGUGGGCAAGUACUUUUCUUAUGUGGACGGCGCCACGUACUGUACGUUGCCUAGAAAGAUCUUCACCCGCUGGGUCCAGGAGUGUGAGAACAAGUCUGUGGCCGAUGCAAUGUUGCUGUACGCUAUGGUGGCUAUGGGGACGGUUUUUUCGCGACGACCUGACUCCGAUACACAUCGUGUUCUUUUCACCCAGCUCGCUGAGGAGGCUGCCAUAAAGACCGCCGAUCGCUUUAGUUUGCAGUUACUGCAGACCCGGCGAAUUCUGGCACUGCUUGCAUUCUCGCAGGGUCAGUACGACCGUGCGUGGGAUCUGUAUGGCUCGGCUGUCCGGACUGCUUUUGGCCUGAAAUACAACACCGAAGCUGGCGUCCGUGCCAGUCGUGGCAAGGGACCAUUGGCCUUCGGACUCGACUAUGACACGUUAGUCGAAUGCAAGAGACGAACAUUCUGGUCUGUUUACAUCAUGGAUUGUUUCAAUGGAUGCUGUUCGACCACAGUUGCUGCAGUACCUCGAUCUCAUUGCCACAUCCGUCUUCCAUGUGGGCAAUCUGCCUACGAAAGCGGCAGAAUUCCCUUGACAUCUUUUGAACUGGAUGUGUCAGACGGUACAGGCGACGUUUCUCAGGUGGGACUGCUUGGCUAUCUAGUGGAAAUUGCCACCAUCCUCCACGACACGGUGGACCAGACUAAUCGCCUCAGCCCUGACAGCACCGAGAGAUACAAUGGGGAAGUCGACAAGCUCUACCACGCAAGCAUGAGCCGACUGUAUAGAUGGGAUAGCCAGCUCCGGAGACACCUGCACAAGCCUAGGAAGGGCGACGAAAAGUCGGAACCGGUUAGUGGCUUGCAUAUUCUGUACCACUAUACUGCAAUACUUCUUCAUCGCUACGUCCACCACGCCGGGCUUGACCAGAAGGCGAUCAACCUUCGUAUCACCGGCGCCUUUCAUCAUGCUCAGCUGAUGCUGGAAGCGGUGCAACGACUGAGUAACGGCGAAGAACAGGACGAUCCCCUCUUUCGGUUCGCCAGUACAAGCCCUUUUGGUGGGUUUGCUAUUACAACGGCUCUAGAUGUCAUCACUGCUUCCGGGACGUUGUCUGAUCUGAUGGACAACAAAAGUCAGAUGAUGUCGCUCAUUUCGAGCGGGCUAGAAGCUGUGGAGAGUCUGGUGGACUUCUGGCACAGCGCAGCCCGACAGCGUGAAAUGAUCAAGCGACGAUUAUGUAUCCUCUUGAACGCAACGAAGAGGGCAUCAGAUUUCAACGGGGCCUUCUACUUUGGAGAACCGAUGGAAAGUGCAUUUAGGCUGGAGCAAGACAUUAUUUACGGAAUUGGGCGGCUGCGAUAUUUCCAGGCGUUAGGAUGGGCCGAGAAGAUUCACCAUGAGGGCGAGUUUCAUCGACUCGAUCCGGAGGUGACUGCAAACAAUGUGCAUGUGUUGAAAGAGGCCGGGACGGAUAACGAAGCAUGACUUUUGAGAUGAUACAGACCCAUGGGAGGACGUUAGUGCUGGGCAUCAAACAGCCCCUCGGUACAUAUUAUACCCCCAGUGUUUAGUGGUCCACAGCACCAAGAUUUGCUUUUGAGAAUACCAAGUGAUAUUGAAAAUGAC